AUGUCGUCGGCGUUCGGCGACUUCGGCCCGCUCACGGAGCGCCGCAAAGCCGAGAAGGCGCGGCAGACCCGCAAGCGCCUUAUGAUCGCGGGCGGGGUGAUCGCCGUCAUACUCAUUGUCUGUGGCAUCGCCGUCAUGUACAACAAUAAAAAGGACGAGAAAGGCGGAGGGUCGGGCAGCAAGAAGGGCUCGUCCUCGUCAAAGGGCAAGUCCGGCGGCGGCGACGACUCCGACGCUGAUUCCGACGGAGGAUCUGGCUCGCCGGCGGACCUAAAAGCCGUGUCGAAGACCAUCGCAUUUGUGUGCAAGCAGACGGACUUCCAGGACGUGUGCCAGGACAGCCUGACAAAGUGCGUGAACGCGAGCGCCUCGUCGCCCUUGGACGUGGUGCGCUCCGCCGUGCAGGUGAUUGGCGAGGCCAUCUCCCAGGCGUUCGACCGCGCCGACCUGAUCAUGAGCAACGACCCCCUGGUGAAGGCCGCCGUGGCCGACUGCAAGGAGUUCUUCGUGUGGGCCAAGGACGAGCUCAACCACACGCUCAGUGGCAUGGACAGCAAGGACAGCCUCACCAAGCAGGGGUACCAACUGCGCAUCUGGCUAAGCGCCGUGGUCGCGCACCAGGAGACGUGCAUCGACGGCUUCCCCGACGGGGAGUUCAAGGACAAGGUGAAGGAAUCCUUCGUCAAGGGGAAGGAGCUCACCAGCAACGCCAUGGCGCUCAUCGAGAAGGCCUCCACCUUCCUCGCCGGCUUCAAGCUCCCCAAACGCCGCCUUCUCGAAGCUAAGGAGGAGCCACGGCGUGCCGAGCCGGUGCUCGGGGAGGAUGGUAUCCCGGAGUGGGUUCCCGAGAGCGAACGGAGGGUUCUCAAGGGCGGCGGGUUCAAGGCCGACAUCAAGCCCACCGUGACGGUGGCCAAGGACGGCAGCGGCAAAUUCAAGACCAUCAACGAGGCUCUCACUGCCAUGCCAAAGACCUACGAUGGAAGAUAUAUCAUCUACGUCAAGGAAGGCGUGUACGAGGAGUAUGUUACGAUCACAAGACAGAUGCCAAACGUGACCAUGACCGGGGACGGUUCCAAGAAGACCAUCGUCACCGGUAAAAAGAACUUCAUCGACGGCAUCACCACCUUCAAGACCGCAACUUUCUCCGCGCUAGGCGACGGGUUCAUGGCGAUCGGGAUAGGGUUCGUGAACACGGCGGGCGCGGAGAAGCACCAGGCGGUGGCGCUGCUGGUCACGUCCGACAAGUCCAUCUUCCUCAACUGCAAGAUGGACGCGUUCCAGGAUACGCUCUACGCGCACUCGAAGGCCCAGUUCUACCGCAACUGCAUCAUCUCCGGCACCGUCGACUUCAUCUUCGGCGACGCGGCGGCCGUGUUCCAGAACUGCAUCAUCACGCUCCGUCGCCCGAUGGACAACCAGCAGAACAUCGUCACCGCGCAGGGCCGCGCCAUCGGACGGGAGGCCACGGGGUUCGUGCUCCAGAAGUGUGAGUUCAACGGAGAGACCGCGCUCACGGCGCCGGGGAAACCACCCAUUAAGAACUACCUCGGCCGGCCGUGGCGCGAGUUCUCGCGCACCAUCAUCAUGGAGUCCGAGCUCCCCGCCAUCAUCGACAAGGCCGGGUACAUGCCGUGGCAGGGCGACUUCGCUCUCAAGACGCUCUUCUACGCCGAGUAUGGCAACAAGGGCCCCGGAGCCGACACGGCAGGACGCGUCAACUGGCCGGGGUACAAGAAGACGAUAAGCAAGCAGGAUGCGACGCAGUUCACCUUGGAGAACUUCCUCCACGCGCAGCCGUGGAUUGACCCAACCGGCACGCCGGCCAAGUACGACUUCUUCGGAUGA